AUGGCUCAAUUCGUUGGCCUGUCAGUGCUAGCAACUCUCAGAGAGCCGCCCGCUAAGGUACGAGGUCUGGUCACAGCAGUGGUUGAGCAAAAGUUGACCCUGGACCAAGUGACUUGGCUCUCUGGGGCAUCGGGUCCAGAAUCGCUCAUCGUACAUGGCUCGAAUGUGCUAGAUGUUGAGAUCAUUGAGAGUGAGCCAAAGGAAACAGUGCAAGAGACUGAAAAGAAGGAUGAUUUCGUGGACCCGGCUAUUGUUAGCUAUGGAAGACCUGAGGGAUAUUUAGCUCCUGAUGCUAAGGUCAAUGGAGGCUUUGUGGCUACGAGUCAAACGGCUGUGAUUGCUUGCGCAGAACCAUCCCUACUAGCAAUUUCCCCAGUAUCUACCGAGCCAGCAACGACUGGCGCACGAGAGGAACUUCAAAGCCUCCAUCCUGCGGUGUAUCCAGACACAAUCACACCCUCUGCUACGCUUACGGCACCUUUCAACGACCUCUCUCUCAAUGGGGAUACACAUGAGGAGAGGCUAGACCCAGUGGAUGGCAAAAUUCUGAGGCAUCAGGACACGGAGCUGCUAGAAUUGAAGGAGGUGGCACAAGGGAGGGCGCCCAAUUCAAGAAAGAGAACUCGGAGGUCUGGAGCAAGAGGAGGGUCAUUACCCGCUCAAACGCAGGAUCUGCCCGACCUGGAACCACACACUACCCCGGUAUCGACACAAAAACGGCGCGGAAGGGGCAAGGGCUGGCGGCAGACCCCUCUCCUCGAAGAACCUACACGCGAAAACCCUUCACCACGGGCAGGACAACGUGGGCAACAUCCCCAAAAAGACGCACUUGAACCGGGAACGGUGCGCUCCACCAAACAAACACCAGACCAUCCGAAACUCAGACGUCGUCGUUAUAGAGAAGAGGAGGAUCAGAAUGGUUGGGCUACAGGCGAUGCUACCGAUAUUCAGGAUAUGGGUGACUUCGAUUUCGAAGAGAAUCUAUCCAAAUUCGACAAGAGGAAGGUGUUCGACCAGAUCAGGCAGGAAGACACUACGGCUGAUGAGGCGCGACUGGUCAGUUUCAAUCGGCUGCCAGCCGCUCGAGCUGGCACUGCUGGCGGGAAGAACCUGCAUUAUACCGAGAAUGUACUGGAUUCUCCAAUUAGGAAGGUAACAACAGGCGGAGAUGUCACCAACGUUGACAACAGCAGUACGGAAAGUGAGCUGGAAGUGAGCGAAGCCAAGAUUAGCAGUGGAAGAAGUUCACGCAAGAAUGUCUCACGCCCAUCGAGAGCCCCUUCGCGAAAAGGGAGCGCCCUUACAGCUGGAGAUCAUUACGGUUCCGGAUCCACGUUCGUUGCGGAACCCGUCGGCAGACUAUCCAGGCAAACUACGCAUGAUCGGAUUGCGAGUCCCAAGAUCAAGACAGAUUCUUCGACCUCUCGCUACCGCAAGUCAUCUGGCCCUCCUAAUACUGGGAAGUCAUCCUUUCGAAUCACCUCCUCCAACUGCCAUUGUCCUUGCGUUUCUCCAUUACAGAUGCUGGAAUUGGAGCAGCUCUCUACGACAGAGCUGGGUCUAACCGAAGAAAUGCUCACCGAGAACGCUGCACGAUGCAUUGCGGAGACAGCCUACGGGCUGACUUCUAGUGAAGACGCCGAACAGCCCAACCACCGCCCUUUGAUAGUAAUACUUGUGGGAAACACCAAAACUGGCUCCCGGGCUAUAGCAGCGGGUCGCCAUCUGCGGAACCACGGCGUACGAGUCGUCCUCUGCAUUCUCGGCCUCGAGCGCGAAUGCGACCUACUAGAAAGCGUCCAGCGACAGCUUACAACUUUCAGAAGCUGUGGAGGCCAAGCUAUCAAGCAAGACGGUCUAAUGAGAACUCUACGGAAACUCCAGGCGCCUACCGAUCUGAUUGUCGAUGCUCUACUAGGCAUGCACUUGUCCUUCGACGACCUACGAACGGAUGACCAAGCCGCCUAUUUCCAACUCGUCUGCUGGGCGAAUGGAAGCGAUGCAGGCACCUUUGCCGUCGAUUUACCAUCGGGCAUCGACCCUUCAAGUGGUAUAGCUACCACCCACGACGGCAGCGAACUGGUCCUCAACGCAAACUUCAUACUCUCCCUUGGUGCACCAAAAACAGGGCUUCUUGUUGCUAUGGAAAGUCUGAAGACUGUUGCAAAUCCGAGCCUUUUUGUAGCUGAUAUUGGUAUUGCGAGUGUGGCUUGGAAGAAAUUUGGCAUGAGGAGAAAGGGCGGGGUGGAGUUUGGUGGGGAGUGGAUCGCGGCGGUGAGAUGGGAGCAGGGUGCUGGGGCAUGA